AGUGUGUGAAUAUUAUGGAAGCACAUUUGCCAGUGCAUGAAAAAAAAUUCUGUGACUCAUUAUAAUGAGAAACUUUUUUUGAAAUAGUCAAUUAAUAUAUUGAUAAUGACUUAGUUUCUCAUUGUUCCGAGAUACUUUUUCAAAAAAUGUACUUUACCGUAUUAUGACGUAUUCAUUAGUACUUUACUGUAUUAUUUUGGUAACUAUUUUUGGGGGGGAAAAAUUAGAAUACCAAAUAUCUUUAUAAAGAAAUUAUUUUACUGAACAAAAACAUAUAAAAAGUUCAACAUAACCAUUAAAGCAACCAGGUAAUUGCAUUACAGUCGGUGUAUUAAACAGCAAACAUUCCAGACCCGCAUAAAGACAGCAAAUAAAUGUAUUAUGGCGAGUCGUUGACUAAUUUUAAUAAGGAAGAUGACGGAUCUUUUAAAAUUACUCUCUUAACAGCCACUAUCUGUUUAAUACUAGCAGCAGCACAGACUAACAAUUAACGCAACAUUCAUAGCUACAUGCUGGCAAAACACUCGCAUUCCGUGGCAAAUACAGUUAUGACGUUACAAUUAACAUAAAUACACAUUAAUGUACACUUUUUAAAGAUGCAUGUGGUGCAGUGCAAAGCAUGCCGGUAACUGCAUAAUUAGUCCUACUGACCAACCCCACGCAGUUAUACUAUGUCAGCCAAUCAUGGACAGUGGGUGGGAUCACGCUUUUACAGUGAUGUAUUUGAGUAUGCAGCCAUCUUUAACCAGGAGUCAGAUAAUUUAUGCCUUCUAGUGUUGUAUGUCUAUAACGACGUAUAAAUUACAAUUCUUUAAUAUUAGACGACAACAGGUUUGUCGAUGUAACUUUUUUGGGGGGAAACUGCCAUCUUUGAGCCAAAUCAAACAUGAGAACCUUUUUCAAAAUGAUGAUUUAAUAUUUUGAGAUGUGUAGUGUUUUGAGAGUCAUUAUUUCAUGAAAGUUCCUCAUUGUUUCGUCAAACUAGAGUCAAUAUUUUUAGAUACCUUUAGAUACCUCAAGUUAUUUUGAGAAACUUUCUCAUUAUAAUAACUUACAGGAUCUUCAUUCUUCUCAUCACAUUUGUGGAAAUGGGCGUUCAUAGAAUAUAGCUUUAAAAUUGCUGCACAGUUGGAUAAUUUUGGUCCAUUAAUGCACUGAUAGGAGCCUUGUCUUCUCUCCUGUCCAUCUUUUAUCUUUCUUUCUUCGUGUACUUAGGGUUCGACACGCUCCAUGUCUUCCGAAGAAGGGUUGUCUGGUCAUUUUAACCGGGGUAGGGCCGCUCCCCACUAUGACCAGGUUCCCAUAGGCUCCUUGCGGAGAGAUGACCCUCCCCCCCUCCAGCAUCAGUUUGCUGCCAACCUGGCCAUGAGCUCUGAGCCCCUGCCCCCUCCUCCACUCCCGGAGGAUCCCCCUGUGGGACCCGAGUUUGACCCCAGUGACAGUGAACCGGAGUUGGAUGGCAUUAACAUCAAACCCGUUCAUCGCUUCAUCCCUGAUUCCUGGAAGAACUUCUUCCACGGCAGCGGGCGCAGCAGUGGCAGCAGCAAGCCGCAGUCCGCUCCCGAUGUCCAGCCCAAUGGUAGCAGCAGCAGCAAGGGUAUCCGCUGCUCUCCCCCGCACACCUCCUCAGCCCCCAACUCCUUCCUGGACCCAUACGGAGGAUCGGGAGGCAGCUACAACACUCACAAGGAGCAGCUGGCACUCUUGCACGAUGGCCCGCCUGAGUCCUGGGACGGCCGGACGCAGCAAACGGCGCUGACCUACAGCGAGCGGGUGGAAGAGUACAACAUGCGCUACGCCUACAUGAAAUCCUGGCCGGGUCUGCUGCGCAUCCUGGGCUGCGUGGAGCUGCUGCUGGGGGCGGCGGUCUUCGCCUGCGUCUGCGCGUACGUCCACAAGGACAACGAGUGGUUCAACAUGUUCGGCUACUCGCAGCCGCAGAUGUUCAGCAUGUAUGGUGGCAGCAGUGGAUCCUACUACACCGGGCCCCAGACGCCCUUCGUCCUGGUGGUGGCCGGUCUGGCUUGGGUUGUCACGGUGAUUCUGCUGGUACUCGGCAUGAGCAUGUAUUACCGCACAAUCCUGCUGGACUCUAACUGGUGGCCACUUACAGAAUUCGUCAUCAAUUUGGUGCUGGCCAUCCUGUUCAUGACAGCCGGGAUCGUGUAUGUGAGAGACACCAUCCGUGGCGGCCUUUGUUACUAUCCCGUCUUCAACAAUGGGGUAAACGGAGCUUUUUGCCGCACGGAUGCCGGACAGACUGCCGCCAUCAUCUUCCUCUUCGUCACCAUGCUGGUGUACUUGAUAGGUGCCAUCGUUUGCCUUAAGCUGUGGCGGCAUGAAGCUGCCCGCAGGCUUCGCGAGAGCCUCGGCCUCGAGACGGCCAACUCUGCUUCAAGAUCCUUGAUUGUCCCGGGUUCCAGAGCGCCGGAGUCUAGGCACAAUUAUCCUGGUACCGUGGAGAUAGAACCAGUUACUGUGGAUAUGCAGCCAGAAACCAUAAGAGGACACAUUCCUUCUGGACACAUUCCAAAACCAGUAGUCAUGCCGGACUACAUUCAGAAGUACCCCAGCAUUCGGACAGACGAGGAGCGAGACCAGUACAAGGCGGUGUUCAACGACCAGUACGCAGAGUACAAAGAGCUGCACGCGGAGGUGCAGGCCACCCUUAAGAAGUUCGAUGACCUGGACGGGAUGAUGCGAAACCUGCCCCAGAACACUGUCGAUCAGACGGAACGAGAUCGCGUUAACAGAAUCCUUCAGGAGUAUCAGAAGAAGAAAAACGAUCCAACAUUCCUGGAGAAGAAAGAACGAUGUGAAUACCUGAAAAAUAAACUAUCUCACAUUAAACAGAAGAUUCAGGAAUAUAACAAAGUAAUGGAAUGGAAUGACGGCUUCACAAUGUCUUCAAAGCCGAACGGGAGUCCCCCUCCUUAUAACAACGAUGACGCUUACCAUGCACCCCCAGAUCUUUAUGAUGCAGGACCACCCCAAACAGCCUAUUCCUAUUAUCCCGAUGAUGAGAUCCAGCACUUCUAUCGCUGGACUUCCCCGCCUGGUAUCAUCAAAAUCAUCUCAGUUGUCAUUAUCAUUAUGUGCGUCGCCAUCUUUGCCUGUGUGGCUUCCACACUGGCCUGGGACAGCAACAUGGGCCUGAUGGGCUUCGGUGGUCUAUCAGGAGGUUACGGCUAUGGAGGAAGCUCCUAUGGAGGAAGCUCCUAUGGAGGGGGCUAUGGAGGGGGCUACAAUAGCUUUGGUGGUGCGGGCUAUGGAGCUGGAAAUUCCUACGGCUAUGGAAACCUUGGAGGCAACUACAUCGACCCCAGGAAGGGCAAGGGCUUCAUGAUCGCCAUGGCAGCCAUCGUUUUCAUUGCCGUUCUUGCGAUCUUCAUCUUGGUGGUGUCCCGGCAAUAUGCAUGCCGAACGCGGAAGUUCUACCUGAUCUUCAUCAUCGGCUGUGCCGUCCUGGCCUUCUUCAUGUUCAUAGCUACGAUAGUGUACUUGAUAGCCGUGAACCCCAUGGCCCAGUCUUCAGGGUCUGUCUAUUACAGCCAGAUCAUGGGCUUGUGUGCCCAGUACCAAGUUCCCCAACCAACUGAUAUCUUCGUCAACCAGUAUCUGUACCACUACUGUGUGGUGGAACCUCAGGAGGCCAUUGCUAUUGUUCUUGGAUUCCUGGUGAUCAUUGGACUCGUUAUCAUACUGGUGUUUGCUCUGAAGACCCGUAUGGCGAUCGGGCGGUAUGGCAAGGAGCAGAUUCUCUGGGACAAAGUUAAGGUUGUCAAUGAAGAGGAUGCUCCACAGGAUGUGGAACAAUGGGUCAACAAUGUGUCCUCUGUACCCCCACUUUUGCUGGCUGAGUAUCCUGAAAAGUUUGGCUCCAGAAACUACCUGGAUGACCACAGUAUGGAUGAUGGCAAACCGCCCUACAGUUACAACCCAGACCUGACCAAUCAGGAUACGCUCCCACAUACCUUGGGUCCCUAUAGCAGUAGUUCUAGCUCUCUGGGGAAGCCGGGGAAGAAGCCAAACGGACGGCCCUCACGCACCAGUGGCUACGACACUGCUGAGUCCGGCGAUGAGCUGGAUGAUGAUGAGUUUGAUAGUGACUUUCCACCCAUCGCUGCUGAGCAGCAGAGGCAGGACUAUAAGCGGCAGUUUGACAAGGACCACCAAGAGUAUAAAAAUCUGCAGGCGGAGAUGGACAACGUCAACAAGAAUCUGGCUGAAGUGGACCGGGAUCUGGAUAACCUUGAAGAAGGAAGCCCGCAAUUCCUGGAUGCCAUGGAUGAGUACGAUAGGCUGAAGGAAAUUAAAAGGUCUUCGGAUUACCAGACGAAGAAACGAAGGUGUAAGUAUCUGAAAGGCAAACUCUCGCACAUCAAGAAGAUGGUCAGUGAUUUUGAUCACCGAGAUUAACCUCUGACCCUGGACUUCAGCCUGAUUCGACCAUUUUCUGCGUGAGCGUGCCUUACUGCAUUGAAAAGAUCACUAGAGGGCAGGAAAUUGCAGUGAGGUUUUUUUUCUUUCAGCAUAAUAGUAUUUGAACAUAUCAAUUAUGUAGAUCUUCACUUUUCAAUGUCCAUAAAAGGAGAUGUACCAGUUGCAAGUUUGACAAAUGAAAUGAAUUGGUUUGACACAGCAGUUUUUUUUAUUCACUUGUAUAAAUGUUUUUUUUUUUUUAAUGUUGACGAAUACCAGUGAUUUCUAAUGUCUAGUACUUAUUGCGCAGUUUGAACUACUACUAUAAUCUCUUGUAAACUGUAACUAUGGAGUAGCAUACUGUUUAUGAAUGGGUUUCUGUCAGUGGGUCAUCUGGAAUUCUGGAAACUUCUGCAGAACAUUACUCUGUACCCAUUUCUGGGUUUCACAGUGAAAAUCGAAACUAAUCAAAGUCUGCUGCAGUGUAUUAAGUUUUCCUCUUUUCUUUGUAUAUAUUGAAUUCUUCAACCUUUUGGUUUAUAGAGUUGUGCUGUAGGUUUUUAACAUGUGUGUAUCAUACUGAAACUGAAUUUUGUACAUUUUAAAGCCUGUUUGAAGUGCCUUUUGGGUUUUAACUUUUAGGAGACUUUAACUGCAGAUGAAUGGCUACAUUAUAAUUUUUACCAACUACUUUGUAUGUAUUUUAUAAGCCGGAUUAAUAAAACUGUUGAAGUCA